GGCUUCCGUAGCUUAUGCACUUCCUGGGCUGUGACCUUUGUUUACUGUAGUCGCUCCCGUCACCAGACCCCAGCGCUCUGCGGGGAAAGCGCGUCCCCGAGCGGGCUUGUGUGCAGCCUGUGACCGCCAUGACUCCCGCCGAGGCUGGCGGGGCUCACCGUGUUUCCUCAGGGAGGGGGUUCCCAGCUCCCAGGCCCCGGCCAGGGAUCUAGCUCGUUGCGUCGCUCCCCGCUGACGUCUGGCCCCGACACCACACCCGGCCGCACAGGCUACAGCCACUGUUUUUAUUGUUUUUAAUCCACACGGCCAUGGCCUGUAGUUUGCUGAACACGGAGGACGCCUCUCCGGCGGCUCUGACGGACCUGUGUCUCACGUAUGUGAGCCAGAACCUGGAGUGUUUCUGCGUGAAGCGCCCCGAUGGCUCCCUGGGCUUCAGGGAUGCUGUGCUCUUCCCUCAGGAGCUGGCGGACCAGCUGCUGGCCAAGAUGGCCUCUGAAGGUCUAUUGAACGACAGCACAGUGGGGGUGUUCAAGAACUGUGAAUACCUGCGGUUGAGGCGAGCCUGCAUCCGUACAGCACGGAUCUCUGCAGAGGCCUUCCAGAGGGCCGUGUGCCCUCACAGACUGCUGGAGCUGGACGCAGCCAGGGUCAACGCAGACCUGACCAUCUCUGAUAUUCUACAGGGACUAGCCACCAACAAAUAUUGUCAGGAAUCUCUCCAGAGGCUUGUUUUAACUGGUCUGACCAUGUCCUCUCUGGAGGAACCAAUAUGGUAUCAGUUCAGCUCCCUCCGGGGCCUACGCUCCCUCUCUCUGGCUAAUGUGGACUUUUAUGAUUCGGGGCUCAUUGACGUGUGCGCCCUGCCUCGACUCGAGAGCCUCGACCUCUCCAACACUUCAGUUACCAACCUCACUCCACUGCUGGGCCUGAAGGAGCGGCUGCGCUCGCUGACGUUACACCAGCUGAAGAGGCUGGAGAUGAGCACUGCUCAGCUGCUGGGGGUCAUCGGCCAGCUCAGUGUGUUGCAGCAUCUGGACAUCAGCGAUGAUAAGCAGUUUACCUCCGACGUGGCUCGUCAACUCCUCGGACAGCCAGGGAUUCUGCCCACUCUUGUUUCUCUCGAUGUCUCAGGCAGGAAACAGGUGACGGAUGCAGCCGUGAAGUCAUUUGUCGAGGAGAGACCGGGCAUGACUUUUGUGGGACUUCUGGCUACAGAUGCUGGUUUUUCUGAUUUUCUGUCAGGAGAAGGAAAUCUUAAAGUAACAGGCGAAGCCAACGAGACUCAGAUCUGUGAGGCAUUGCGCCGGUACAGUGAGAGGGAAGGUUUUGUUCGAGAAGCUCUAUUUCAUCUGUUUAGCCUCACCCAUGUCAUGGAGAAACCAAGGCCGGAUAUCCUCAAGCUUGUAGUUUUGGGUAUGAAGAAUCAUCCAGCUACUCUGAAUGUCCAGCUGGCAGCAAGUGCAUGUGUGUUCAACCUGACAAAGCAGGAUCUGGCAGCAGGAAUGCCAGUCCGGCUGCUGAGUACAGUCACCCAGCUUCUACUGGAGGCCAUGAGGACUUUCCCCAACCACCAACAGCUGCAGAAGAACUGCCUCUUGUCUCUGUGCAGUGAUCGCAUUCUGCAAGAGGUUCCAUUCAACAGGUUUGAAGCUGCCAAACUGGUGAUGCAGUGGCUCUGUAACCAUGAAGACCAGAACAUGCAGAGGAUGGCUGUCGCUAUCAUUUCCAUACUGGCUGCUAAGUUGUCCACCGAGCAGACGGCCCAGCUGGGAGCAGAACUGUUCAUAGUGAAGCAACUGCUCCACAUUGUGCGUCAGAAGGCAACUCAGGGUGUGGUGGAUUCAACCCUCAAAUUUACUCUGAGUGCACUUUGGAACCUCACCGACGAAUCGCCGACAACUUGUCGACAUUUUAUUGAGAACCAGGGACUAGAUCUGUUCAUCAAGGUUCUAGAGUCUUUCCCAAAUGAAUCUUCCAUUCAGCAGAAGGUUCUUGGUCUUCUGAACAACAUAGCAGAAGUUGGGGAGCUGCAUGGAGAGCUAAUGGUGCAAGGCUUUCUGGACCACAUCAGCACUUUGCUGCACAGCCCCGAGGUGGAGGUCAGCUACUUCGCUGCAGGAAUCCUCGCACAUCUGACGUCACGAGGAGAGGAGGCCUGGACUCUCAGCGACACUCUGCGGUCCUCACUACUUGAGCAGCUGCAUACUGUCAUCAUGAAGUGGCCGCCGCCUGAGUGUGAAAUGGUGGCUUACAGGUCUUUUAACCCCUUCUUUCCUCUGCUGGAGUGUUUUCACACCCCUGGUGUGCAGCUGUGGGCGGCCUGGGCCAUGCAGCAUGUGUGCAGCAAGAAUGCUUCCCGCUACUGCAGUAUGUUGUUGGAGGAGGGGGGCCUUCAGCAGCUGGAGCACGUCCACGAAAACCCACAGACCCACAGCGACGUCAAACUGCUGGCUGAGAGUAUUCUGGACAGCCUGCAGCGGCACAGAGCGCGCACCGGCCAGCCGGCCUACACAGGCCGCCGCCCACCACCACAAUAACCUCAUAGAG